AUGGAGAAGUCCAAGAAUUUCCGUAUCGACGCGCUGCUGGCGGUGGAUUCUCCGAAGCCGGCGGCAACCUCGACGGCUCAGACCUCUCCGCUGGCCUUGGUCACCUCUCUGUCCGGAGGGCCCGGUAACACCAGCAGCAGCUCCAGCUCCAGCUGCAGCCCGCCCUCCUCGGCCGAGGGUCACACCAGCGCAUCGUCCGAGUGCCUGAGAAUGGAGAGUCCAUCGCCGCCCCAUAUCCUCAGCGCGCACUGCGGCUUGGUGCCCAAGCCCGGCUUCCUGACGGGUGGCGCGGCCGCGGGUGGUCCCCAUCAGCACCCGCACGCCCACCCCCACGCCGCUCUUGGGCUUCAAGGCGGCGCGGGGCUGCACCCCCAGGCGGCCCUUUACGGGCACCCCAUGUACGGGUACCCGGCGGCGGCGGCCGCGCUGGCGUCUCAGCACACAGCCCUCUCCUAUUCCUACUCCCAGGUGCAGCCUUCGCACCCGGCUGCCGACUCCCUGAAGCUCGGCGCCGGCACCUUCCAGCUGGACCAGUGGCUGCGGGCAUCCACCGCCGGGAUGAUCUUGCCCAAAAUGCCCGACUUUAACUCUCAAGCGCAGUCCAAUCUUUUGGGCAAAUGCCGACGUCCCCGCACCGCGUUCACCAGCCAGCAGCUUCUGGAGUUGGAGCACCAGUUCAAGCUCAACAAGUACCUGUCCCGGCCGAAGCGCUUCGAGGUGGCUACGUCGCUCAUGCUCACCGAGACGCAGGUAGUGUGGCUGCGUCGGAGGAGGGAGUACAGGGUGAAUCAGAAGAGUGACAUAAAAUGUAUCAAUGGGGGAAAAAAAACUUCAUUAGUUUGCUUUGUUCAAGGCAGCUUUCAGAAUCCUGAGAGUUUUGAUGGCUAA